AGAGCCAGGAGCGGCGCUCUCCAUGCACCGCAACCCAUUCCAUCGCUUCUCGCCAGCGUCAAGCACAGCACACAGCGCGAGCAAGCGAGAGAGAGAGAGAGAGAGAGAGAGUGGGAGGGAGAGAUGUGUGGGAACAGACGUGGAAUUUUACUAUCGCGCACUGGAGGGCAUUCCCUGAUGAGCCCUCUGCUGCUGAUUCCCACUCACUCGCUCACUAUUGCGGCGUGGCUGGCUGGCAGGCACUCAUCACGGCACCUCAUUAGCAUCGCACCCUACCUGACAUCAUUGUUGAUGCUGCUGUAGCGAUUAUCGCAGCAGACACAGGGGAAGUGAGACGAAAUGUGCUGGGUUUAGUUGGGAAACGAGCUGAAGUAGCGGGGUGUGAAUGGGAAAAAUUAGUGGCAUGUUGAAGGAGAAGCGGCAGUCUUGGGGAUUAUUCCAGGAGGAGGAGUUCGAUUUGCAGCGAACCAGACAGGAGUCUGUACUCCCCGAUGCAGGUGAUAUUGUCGGUCAGGAGACGCUUGAUGGACGGGUGAUGCGAAGCGAGAAGUGGAGCUAGUAGGAGGGAGAUGGGAGGCUAAUGCCAGUAUAAUAUGUAAAGGGGGAACAGAUAGAAUAGAAACAAGAAAAAAUGAAUUCUUGCGCAUCAGGGUGGGAUUGCUGUACUUGCACGCCCAUCCAUGCCCUCCAACGGUGCGUUAAAUGUUAUGAGCUGUGACAGCAAGAGCAGAAUUUGGGGCCGGCGGGUGGGAGGUCAAAAGAAGGCACAAUGACUUCUAGUGUGCCUAAGAAGUUCGUAGGCAAGGGCAUGGCGGAUUCGAUGAGUAGCAGCGUAGAUGAUGACGACAACUCACUCGAUGGCCGUAACAGCUCACAAGGUGACAGGAGCCGAAGCAUUGAUACCUCCCAGGUGCAUCUCUUCCCUACUGUUCCGAAGACAGAGGAGAAACCCAGGCGCCGAAGCUCGCGCCCCACCUAUGUCAGUGGAGACUCUGUAAAUCAUUUCACAGGCUCCGAUCCCGUGCGAUUGGAAUUGGCACGAUUAGAAAACGAACUUAAGGAAAAGCUUUGUCCUAGUGAGCGGUGUACCAAACCCAUUCGAGUCACUCUAGUACGCGACCUCACCCAAGCCAGCAGUUCGGGAGAGUCUAUGGUGACCUUGCGCCCAGUUCUCAAAGAAACCAUGUUAGUUGAGAGUUUGGUUUGCCCCGAAUGAGGAUGGUAAUCACGUGGUGUCAUUGUUUUAGAUAAGAAUCGCGUUUUGGCGGAAGCACAAACAGAGAUCAAAUCCCUCCGCCAGUCGGAUCGUCAGAAGCAGAAGGCAGUGGACGAGGUACCUGUUGGCAUGUGUGCGUGGAUUGUUUUU